AUGGAGGGCUUGUGGGAUGCUUUGAGAGCGUCAGGGCAGGGACUCCUGGCUAGCACAUUGCUGCGCCAUGGUGUGCGUAGUGUUUCCGAUGUCGCUUUGAAAUCCUCCGUUCUGCAAGAGAAUGGUGUUCUCCAAUGGCAGAUUGAAGCCAUUUUGGCGGCGGGGCCCCAGCAGGCGGGGUCCCCAGCCCAAGUGAGGGCUGAUUUGCCAGUUGCCUUUCAGGGGAAGAGGGCAAACCUUUCAGCAGCCUUAGAGGCUGCGCGACCAAAUCAGCGGGCUCGCAGUUUAGCCGCCCUUGACGAAGAUGUCUUAGCUCGGAGCACGGCUCCAGCUCACGAGUCACGUCUUCGGACGUAUCAGGCUGUUUGCAAGGCUUGGGAUCUGGAGCCUUUUCCGCUCUCCAAUGAGAACGUUCGAGCUUUCGCUGCGAGUCUGAAAGCAGGUGGAUACAGAAGCGCUGCCGUGUAUUUUCAAUCCAUUUGCUCACACCAAACCAGGCAUUUGCACCUUCCUGUUGACUCGUUGCUUCGGCAUGUCAUUCGAGACUGUCUGCGUUCAAUUUUGCGUGGACUUGGAGCUCAACGUUUAAAGGAGUCCUUCGACGCUAUGCGACUCAAUGAUUGCUCUUUCAGUUUUGUCGAUGAAGCUUUCAGUUUUGAUCAAGUUAGCCACUGCCGAGAUCUUUGCAUUAUCGGAUUGUGGUACAUGUUACGUGAGUCGGAGUUAGCAUCAGCUCGGCUCAGUCAUUUGACCUUGACUGACUCUGAACUUCGCUUGCUGAUUCCAAUCCACAAAACCGAUUGCUAUGGUCAGCUCUGUGAACGAGUGCUGUCUUGCUCCUGCAGGGUCCGACGACACAAUUUAUGCGUCUGGCAUGCGGCAGAGCGCCACCUCAUCAGGGAUCCUUCAGGGAAAGACAUUCAACGUUUCCACGGCCACGUUCUACGUGUCAGUGGAGCGCAGAUGUUGUUCGCAGCUGGUGUGCAUCUACAGCUCAUACAGCUGCUGGGGAGAUGGACAAGCAUGACCAUCUUGCGCUACACGCAGCAAGCUGGCCUCAAUCUGCUGCCGAGCAUCCCUGAUGUGGUGCUGAACAACCGGCCUGAUGUUGGUUCGCUGGCGAUUGCGCCUGCCGUGGGCCCUCAAGUUGAUUCAGAUGCGUUGAGCCGUGCUGCUCCCAGGAUCUCAAACGAGUCCUCCAGAUCGGGCGCUUCUUCUUCUUCCAGGACCUCGACAUCCGGGGACAUCACUGCUUUGCGUGCCGAGCUUCAGAUCCUCAAACAAGCAGUGAUCAAGCCGCCUGCAGCAUAUGUCAUUCGCUCCAGGUCCAAGAUUGUCCACCUGGGCUGCCCGCAUGAACUCAGCAACCCACCUAGCUCGUGGCGUUCACGGUGUGGAUGGGCCUAUGGUCAGGCAAACUUUUUGAGGGUCAGUGAGAUUUCUGAUCCCCUUAGGGCCUGUCAGAAAUGUUUUGAUCGGAAUGCAGAUUCCGGUUCCGAUGUUCAGAGCUCUGGUUCGGGCUUUUCUGACCUGGAUCUGUUUGUGGAAGCAGCGGCAGGGGAUGUCAUUCGUUCCUAUUUUGCAGACAGAGCCAUCAAGACCACUGCUACUUUGGCCCUGCUUGCCAAAGAUGAAGACCACCUCUCAUCGGUUUUGAUCACACCUUUGAUGAGUGGGUGGGAGAAACAGGAUGGAUCCAGGAUCAGCCUAGCCGAGGCUGAAAAGCCAAUUGCAGAUGCCAUCUUGAAGCAUCUCUGGAAUGAAGCCAAUAGCUCUUGGCAGGCUCAGAUGACCUUGCGGCAUGCUCCUCCAGUCACUUCAGUUCCUGGCGCCAUUUCGCUAGCAGCAGCGAAUCCAGUGGCCGAGGAGAAGAUUCCGAGGCAGUUGCCUCCCGGUGUCUGGGCCAAUUUGCUCCAUGAGUACCAGUCGCAACAAAUUGGGGGCGUUGACCGGAUUUUCCCGGUCAACGAACUUCUUGGCACAGACAAGAUCUUGGCCAGGGUUUACUACGAACACACCAGCUCCAAGACCUACAGUCCGGUGGGUCUCGGUGAGUUGGUAGCCGCCAGGACUUUUACUGCGGCUGGCGAACCAAACCCAUUGGCCAAGAAGGAUCGCAGCACUACCACGUUGUUGCUCAACGAUGCCAAGCUCGUAGCUGCCCCUGAAGAAGCGUGGCAACCACGCAGUGUUUUGGCAGUGCUGGAUGGAUUAGCUUCCAUCCGUUGGUGCUUCAUUCUGUUGAAACUUGGGAGUGAGCAGGCAGUCCACUCCUAUUUUGAUUGGCUGACCAGACUGGUUCGAUCGAGACCUCAAAAGACCGAACAGUUUGGGCAAUUCUUCAUCACUAUCAGUUGGAAGUUGGCCACCGCAAUGAGAAGUGGCCAGUCCUUUGAUGCUGCGGCUAGCCUCUUGAUGAAAGACUUGGAUGUUUUCAGUGAGUGCAUGUCACGAGAGGCAUCUUCUUCGACCAAGAAGUCCAACAAUACCGAGAAGACUGGACCUCAGAAAGGUUCCGGCAAAGGAGGGGGCAAGUCCAAGUUUGGCCAAUACAGGUCGCAACCGUAUGCCCGUCAAAACAAGACAUGGACGGCGCCAUAUCCCGAUGGAAAUGGGAUGUUUGGCACGCUUUUCCUCUUUGUGGCUUGGGAGGUUGACCCCGAAUGCUUGCUCAUCACAAAGCGCCACUUCCCACAAGUAGUGGCCAGAGGCGAUUUCAUGUCUGAUCCUGCUGCUGAUGUAGUGUCUCUGGUCUCUGAGUACGACCCACAAGGCAAAAAAUUGAUAUUGUUUGUUGGAGCUCCACCGUGUCCAGACUUUAGCGCGAUUCGCCCUGAUGCACCUGGCCGUUCAGGACCAGAAGGACAGAAGUUUUCCCAUUAUUGCACCUGGUGUCGUGAGGUUGAGUCUGGUCUUCCCCACCAUCGAGUGGGCUACCUGGUGGGGAACGUGAUUUUGCAGGAUCGUGGUGAGGCGGAUUUUUUCUCCAACGCGUUGGGUUGUCAGACAGUUGCAGUUGAUGCAUCAGAUUUCGGAUUGAUCAGUCGUCCUCGGCUGUGGUGGAGCCGCGUUGAUUGGCACACUGUAAAUUCAUAUCCAGGGUCUGCCAAGCCUUUGCGUUGGACCAAGCUGCAUAAAUUUCCCCGUCUGCAUGUGGACUGCGAUCUUCAGCAUGCGUCAUCGUUGGACCUUGAUGGCAAACAUCUGGACCCCCGGGUUCAACGACAUGAGCUGUGCGUCCCUUGCUUGACCACUCCUUCGCCUUCCGCGUCUGGACGGGCGGCUCCGAAGCGAAUGAAAGGGAAGUUGGACCCAUACACCAAAACCCGCUGGCUGGAGGAUCAUCGCACCUAUGCUCCAUGGCAGUAUGAACCGCAUGCUCUACUGCAUGAUGACCAGGGCAACAUGCAGGUGCCCACUGCGGAGUGCAAAGAGCAACUGCAUAUGCUACCAAAAGGCUACACUGCCAUUGAUGGAGUCCACGAUCGAAGCCGCCACCGAGUUCUGGCAAAUGGAUGGCAUUGUGGCGUCGCCCGCUUUCUUUUUCAGUUUGUCUUGGCAGCGAUGGUCACAGGCUCCGCUUCCACGACUUUGAAACCACCUCCACGACAGAGCACGUUGCAAUGGGUGGAACAGUUGAUGCGGGUCCAAACGGCACAUGUUGGACCAGGUUUCUGGCCCACUCAGCCAAUUUGUGUGGCUCCUUCACGAGACAUUUGGGAUCAUUGGCACAAUGCCACCACUGCGGAUCACCCUUUGCAUUUUCCUGCCAAGAUUGCACCUGGUUUUGUUCAAUGCUUGAAAUUUCAGUUUGAUUGGCGUCAUGACUUGGUUCGCAUCCGUGACGAACUGGCUGUCGAAAUUCACACGAUGGUCGAUGAGUGGGCCGACCACACCCAUGAUUGGUGGUUGAAGUUGACGUAUGGGAGGCCCUUUUCUGGCUCCCACUUGGUGGCCUUGCAACACAGCAGAGCUCCCUGA